ACGUCACACCAUCACAAACGGAUUUCAAACCGAGUUCGCCUGACACCCGCCAAGUAACGCCCAAAGACAAUGAAUCUCUUGACUGUCACGGCCGUGUUUUUAAUUUAACUCAUUGCUGCAGAAGUGCGACGGUCCGAGUACUGUAUCUAACAAACUCCAUCGAAAAUGAUAGAGUGCAAGAAGCUGGGGGCCUUGUUCGGAGGGACGCUGGAAGAUGUCCGUCAUUCUGCCCAAGAAAUGGAUGAGACAAGGAAAAGAAAUUUGGCCUAUGAGUAUUUGUGUCAUCUGGAGGAAGCCAAAUUGUGGAUGGAAGCAGUUUUGGGAGAAAAGUUACCUUCUGCUGCACAACUUGAAGAGAGCUUGCGCAAUGGUGUUUACCUUGCUCAGUUAGCUCAUAUUGUGACUCCUGAGGAUGUACCUCUAAAUCGGAUCUAUGACCGUGAACAAAAGAGGUAUAGAAUGGCUGGACUUCAAUUUCGCCAUACUGACAACAUCAACUAUUGGAUAAAAUCACUUAAAUCUACAAAUUUGCCAAAAACUUUCCAUCCUGAAACAACAGAUGUGUAUGAUAAGAAAAAUAUGCCAAGAGUGAUAUACUGUGUUCAUGCAUUGAGCACACACCUAUUUAAACUUGGACUCACUCCAGCUAUUCAGGAUCUUUAUGGCAAAGUUCAGUUUUCUGAUCAUGACCUUCAGACAGUUCAAAAAGAUUUGGAAGAUGCUGGAGCACCAAUGCCUGCUUUCCAGAGGAUUGGAGGCCUGCUUUCUGGAAGCAGGGAUGUGGAUGGUAAACCACUUCGAAAAGCAAUUGAGGCAGUUGACAAAGCUAUUGCUCUGCAGGAUGUAUCAAUGCUCAUGGAAAAGCUUUCAAACCCAUCUCUAGCUCUACAGUUCGUCAGUAAGGACUUGUCUGAGGACUAUUUGGAAACUUUGAUAAAUGCUCGCAAUACUAAAAGACAAGGAGCUCUCAACCGAUCUCUGAAUGAUAGCUGUGAAGCAGAAGAUUUUGAUGAGUUAUUGGACCUGGGGGAGUUACAAGGACACAUUAACACUGUGAAUCUUCGUUCUGCCCUUCGCAGAGUUCUAAAAGCUGCUGACACAAAAGCAUCGGAAAAAAUUGCACAUCUCCUACAAGCUCCAUCACUUCAGCUGAAGAAUAUAAAUGCUCAAAAUGGCACAGAGUAUGUAAAGGAAUUAAAAGUACUUUGCGGCCUGAGAGAAGCUGCUGAUGGAAGAGAUUGUAUUGUGAUAAGACAGAGACUUCAGCAAGCAAUUGAUCAAGCAAACAAAGUUGCAAAUACUGUCAAGAAUACAUCAAGAGCUUUAGAAAAGAUGAACCAGUCUUUGGAAUCAGGCAGCUUGAAAGCAUUUUGUAGCGCUUUGCAUGAUCCGGCUCUCCAAAUUGAUCCAUCACUUUUGGACCCACAUGCCAUGCCCCUCUAUUUUUCUGAACUUGGUAUUGACAAAGAAGAAUCGGGGAAAUCACUCUCUUACCCUGAACUGAUAGGAAGCCUAAAAGUUCUUAAUAAUGUUGCACAAGUCACAAGAAGUGCUCAUAGUGGUAAUGUUGAAUUGACUUGGAAUGCUUUGAGCAAUCCUUUGUUACACAUAGCUGGCCUUGAACCCAGCCUCAAAAUUCAGUAUAUGAAUGCUCUACAGGCAGCUCUGGUAGAUGCACCAGUUCUUAGUUAUGCUGAUAUUCAAGGAGUUGUGGAUUCUGUAGGGGCUGAAUCUGAACAAUGCCUCCAAGUCAUUUCUAGCCUCCAAUCAGUGAAUGAUGCUGUGCAAUCAAACAAACCGGGAGGAGUUCUAAAAGCUCUGCAACAAACAAGUUUGAAAUUGUCAGAGAGUAUUGGUGCAAAUGAUGCACCUCUUCUGUUACUCUUACUGAAAACAUGCCUGUAUGAAAAAGAGAAGCAGGGUGGUGGUGAAUUAUGGUUGUGUGACGUUGAAAAUGCAGUGCAUGAAGUUGUGGCAGAGGUACAUGAAGCACAAACAGCCUGCUUUGCUUUAGCCAGACUAAAUGUGUGCCUCAGUGCUGGUGUAGAAGAUCUAAGGGAGUGUAUGGACUGCCUUGCAAGUGCUGGACUUAUUGAGUGUGAUACUCAAAAUACCAAAGCAUGGCAUGAUGCUCUGCAGGAAUUGCAAAAAUCAAAACAUCGACACAAACAUCAUUCACCAUGGAUUGAUCAUGUAACAUCGCAUGGUCAUACUGUCUACCUUAAUAUGGAAUCAUACUCUUAUUCUUGGGAGCGACCAAAUGACUUUCAUCCUCAGUCCCACUAUCUUUCUCACAAAGAUGUACGUAAUGCUCUGGGAGCGGGUGAAAGAUUGGUAGCUCUGCAAGCACGUUGUCGUGGCUUCUUGGUCAGGAAAAGCUUGACUGAUAGAAAGGAGUUUUGGAGGAGACAUAUAGGAGAAAUCAUUCACAUUCAAGCUUGGUGGAGAGGUGUUGUCCAACAAAAACAUUACCAAGGCCAACUUUUAAAAUUCAAGGAGGAGAGGGAAAGACAAGCUAGAAGAAGAGGGAAUGGAAUUUUGGAGUUCUACCGCAAUCACAUAGGUGCUGUAGUACGCAUUCAAGCUCUAUGGCGAGGAAGGCAAGCAAGAAGAGCAUUCUCAAUGCUCGUGCACAAAAGUAAUCCUCCCUUUAAAAUAGUCCGCAUGUUUGUGCCUUUGUUAGAUUUCAGUACAGAUGAUUAUGAAAGAGAACUUGAACUUCAGUCACUGCAAGGUGCAGUUGUUCAGAGGAUUCGUCAUAAUCAGGAACUUAUAAGGCAAAUUGAUGCAAUGGAUAUCAAAAUAGGUUUACUUGUUCAAAAUAGAGUUACCCUUCAAGAUGUUGUGGCCCAUGGGAAAACUUUGAAUAGUGUUGCCAAGGGAAAGGACAGGGAAAAGUGCAGUCCUCGAAUGUCAUCUAAAGCUCACUGUACUUUAAAGACCUUAACACGGGAAGGACGCCGUCUCUUAGAUGGAUACAAACAUCUCUUCUAUACCCUCCAGACAAACCCAUCUUAUUUAGCUAAAUUGCUUUUCCGGCUCCCUCAGAGUCGAAGUGUAAAAUUUCUGCAGAAUGUUAUUUUAUCUCUGUUCAACUUUGGAGCGAGUCAAAGAGAGGAAUAUCUUAUGCUUAAAUUAUUUAGGACAGCCCUAAUCGAAGAGAUCAAAUGUAAGUGUGAAAAACUUUCAGAUGCAGUGACGAGUAAUCCAAUGGUGCUCAAGAUGGUGGUUAAUUAUGCGCGACAACAUUCUGGACAGAAUGCUUUGCGAACAAUGGUUGGACCUCUAAUUGAGCGGGUUUUAAAUGACAAAAAUCUAUCUAUUGAAACAAACCCUGUUGACAUCUAUAAGUCAUGGAGAAAUCAAAUUGAGAUGGAAACUGGAAAGUCCUCAGAUCUGCCUCAUAACGUUACUCAGGAAGAAGCACUUUCUCAUGCUGAGGUUCGUAGGAGACUCCAUUGUGGACUCCAAAUGCUCCAAGCUGCUACUCUUGUCUUUCUUCAAAGAAUUUGUGACAGCAAAAGUUUGAUACCUUAUGGACUGCUAUACACGGCUAGAACUCUACGUCAAGCCCUCCUGGAAAGAUUUCCUGGUACCCUUGAAAAGGAUAUAUUAAAGAUUGUUGGCCACCUUGUCUACUACCAGCUGAUUAAUUCUGCCAUAGUAGCCCCUGAUGCAUUCGACAUAGUGACCCUUCCAGCUGACCGUAAUUUAUCCAAUGAACAACGUCGCAACCUUGCUAGCAUUGCCAAAAUCUUGCAAUUUGCGGCUUCAAAGAAAGGGUUCGGGGAGGAAUCUCCUCAUCUUGUGUGUUUGAACCCAUUCAUUGUUGAGUGCCACGAGAAGUUCAAAGAUUUUUUCCGUCGCUGUUGCGAGGUGGAAGAACUUGAAGAUCAUUUCAGUAUCAAUAGGUACUCAGAAGCAACUCUAAUCCAAGAUCCAUGUAUCUACAUUACUCUCCAGGAGAUAGUUGACACUCACAGCCUUCUUUUACAAUAUGAGGAUCAAAUUUCUUCAGACCCGAUGGACCCUUUGCAUGAGUUGUUAGAGGACCUUGGAGGGGUCCCAACAACAGCUCAAUUAUUGUGCAGUGAUUCUGCACAUGCUGCACCACAGCUGCUACAAGCUGAAAUCUGUCUUUCUCUUGUUGACAAGUUCCAGGUACCAGAAGAGGAUACCACUGAUUUAAAUAAACUUUUUGUAAAGACGAAAGAGCUUAUGGUCUUGUUAUUGCCAUUGCUGCAAGGAGAUGAUGUGGUGAAAGCAUUAUCAGUACCAGACACACCUGCCCAACAGUUCUUGUAUGAGGAAAGACUAAGGAGAAGAGAUCGUGAUCAAAAACAACUUGUUUCCUUGAAUCGCACCUUCAAUACUGAUUCAUGCUGGUCUCUAAGAGAUUGUAAACAGUUGUUAAGGCGUUAUCUGAGUCGCUUGGAACUUGCUGGAUUGGCAUCAUCUAGUGAUGCUUACCAGUCAGUUGUCACAGCAAUAGCUCAAGACCUGUGCCACAAGGGACUCUACCGCCAACAAAGGGGAAGGGAAUUGGUCUCAUUACGCAACACCAUUGCUUCUUUAGAUUCCAAGACAAGAGCUUUGCAAGAACAGGUGGACUUCUACAAUGAGUACAUAAAGCGGUGUCUUGAUAACCUAAAUGCUGGCAAAAAGAGCGUGCAUUCACUGAAAGUUGAUGGGAAGGUACCUGGCAAAUUGAAAUCAAAACUGACUUUGAAGUACACAGCAGCAAAAUUACAAGAAAAGGGUGUGCUGCUAGAGGUAGAGGGGCUACCACCCACCCAGCUCAGGAAUGUUACAUUUGAAAUCUCACCCUCAGAAAUGUCUGGUGUUUUUACAGUGAGAGGAAAGUUUAUGGGAGUGGAAAUGGAAAAAGUUGAUGUUGACAUCCAGCAUCUGUUGGAGUUACAAUUUGAGGGAAGUUCCAUCAUGGACAUGUUUGGCAAGGCUAAGGUUAAUGUUAAUCUUUUACUAUUUCUGCUUAAUCGUAAGUUUUAUGGCAAAACAUGAAUAUGUUUGUAUUUUGUAUCCAUGACCCACCAAUGCUACGAUAUGAUUAGUGUUGGAUUUUUUUUAUUACAUGUUAAUUACUAAUCUGUUCCAUGACAAUACAUGCAGUUGCUGCUGUAUCUUUUAUGCUGUGCUAUUCUGUUAUUUCUAAGUCUGUUGACUGUAAAUUCCAGUUAUAAACUGUUGUAAUUUAUGUUGUGAUUUGGUGUUACAUUUUAUAUUUGCCAAAGAUGAUAUUUUCCGGUUAAACAUUGUUUUUAAGUCAGUUUUAUUCCGUACUUGAUUUUUCCUCUUAUCAAUUGGAAGAAAAAGUCACAACUCAGUACUUCAAUAUCAAUUAACUCUAGCUCACAUUCCAGAAAAAUUAAAGUAGAUUGAGAUUUAUAGACUUAUGCUUAAGUGCUAAAGAGUGAUACGUUAAAAUUUAAUUGUAAUUGAAUUAAAUAUGUUUUUAAUGGCUAACAUUUCUGUACUUGUUGACAUUAAUUUGACCAGGGUACUUUGAAAUCUAUCUAACAUGUUUUAAUAAAUGUAUUGUUCUCCUA